AAAUUUUUUCGCAACUAUUCAUAUCACCCCUGUAUAGUGUCUUAUCCACUAAGUCAGACUUCGUUUCCCGUUUUUAAUGGUUCAAAUAUAUAAAAUUUAUAUUAAAAUAUAAAUUACAAUUUAUAUUCGAUUAAAUUAUCAACCAUAGUCGAUAGUCAUAAAUUUUCAACUAUAGUAAUUUAUUCCUUUUUUAAAGUUUACAACCCCGCUUGUAGAAACUAGUGGUUCUCAACAGAUCAUUUGCUUUCCCGCUGAAUACGUAUUAGCACAACAGAAUAGGGUGAACCGGCGCCUCAGCCUGUAGAAACGACGCCGAAGCGCAGUCUACACUAUCGAAACUUACCUCCAGGGGCUGGGGGUGGCUUGUAUCCGAGUGUGGAAGCGGACGAUAUCCGCGUUGCGGGUGCAAAUGGGCAGAUUUGCCGCAACCGUCGCUUCGCCCAAACGACCUAACGACCCGCUCGGCAAAGUGCGCGACUCGAGUGUCUCCGCCAUGAACCCCGAGAAGGCCUACUUUAGCAGCCAUCCGCAGCAAAAAACGUCCUUCCUUAUCGAGGACAUCCUGUAUAACCAGCAACAGAAAAUGGACCCGGUGCAAACGCCGGGCGGCAUCUUCGCAAGGUUGUCGCCAAAGCACGUUGAGGAGAAGCCUCGCUGGCCGGAGAAGAAGAGGAGUUGUGGAGGAUACCUGCAGCCACCUUUCUCGGCCUACCAGCCUGCGCCAAACCCUCAGCACGGCUAUAUCCAGGUGAUGGGGGCCCUCAACGCUUGUCUCAGCGAGCCUUAUAAGACAAUGGCGGAUCCGUACUUCUUUUCGCAGGGUAUAGCUGGUUUUCAUCCUCUCUUCGGUACCGCUGCCUCUGAGUUAUCUCUGAACGCGCUGAAGAGCUGCAGGAGAAGGAAGGCGAGGACAGUUUUUACCGAUCAGCAGCUAGCAGGUUUGGAAAAGAGAUUUUCUGUGCAACGAUACCUGUCUACACCGGAAAGGGUAGAACUUGCAAACGCUCUUAGUCUUACUGAGACUCAAGUGAAGACGUGGUUUCAAAAUAGACGAAUGAAGCACAAGAAACAAGUAAGAAAGGCCAGAGAUGAUCCUGUAUCAAGAACAAAAACAGUAUCGGACCACACAAAUCAAAAAUCUAAAGAUUGUAUUCACGAUCAUACGAUGAAAGCUGAAAUUCGCUCGAAAGACGACAGUAUAUUUCCCGAAGAAUAUGCUAAGCACUUGGAGAAGUCGAUGUCCUCGGAUGAAGAUCAAGAUGACAAUAAUAGUGAUAUAGAUAUUGUUGGUGGUGAAGCUUCUUUUAGUAGCAGUUGUGGAGAAGGCACUUAGAAGAAAUAACAGUAACUCAUUUCGGUAUAAAUCGGCGAAUUCGCCAAAGAGAAACAAAAAGAUUGAACUUAGAGAAUAAGAUUAUCUAAUUUCAAUUGUAUUCUGUGCAAAAACGAAACUAGUGGAAAUGAAAGCUGAUACAUAUUUGGUUAUUUCAAUAUUUUUUGUGAGAUAUUAACAGUUGAAAAUGUAAAUAAUGGACGCAAUUUGUUCGGAGAUUAUUAAACUUUUAUUAUAUUAA